GAGGGUAAAUGGAAAGAUGGAGACUUUCAGGGCCAUUUAUAGGUAUAUUCAGAGUUGGAGAAUUCAUUUCCUGAAGUAAGAUUUGAAAAUGAGAAAGCCAUUAUCACAAUGGGGAGUUGGGGAAGGGGAGAGAGAUUAAAUUCCUUCAACAUUCCCGCUGAGAUCUUUCUUUUGUUACCAAUAUCAAUGGGGAGAAAGAAGCCAUUGGUGGAGCUGAGCAAACUAUCCCAUGUGCAAGGUACCACUUAGAUCCUCCGACAACACUGCUGAGGUUAGCAACACGAUGUUAAGUUGUAAAUGAGAGGCAUAAACCAUUGAGACAAUUACCUUAGGGAGAGAAACAAGAAGAUAAAUCAUAGAUUACUGUUAAAAUGUGGAAGAGAGAAGAAGGAUUGGAAGGAGGCGGGAACAGGAAAAACAGAAAAAGGCAAAGGGUGAGAAUCACACUCACGCAUAAGGAGACAUCCAGAGAGAGAGGCGAAAGAGAGAAAAUGAGCCAUGCACUUAUCGAGCAGCAGGAAGAAAAGCUUCAAACAGCUGAUUUUUUCACUGCUUUCAAUCCCUCCCUGUCGUUUUGCUAGCACGCCAGAGGCUACUAUCUGUGCAUUAUCUUUAAGGAUGUGGAGCAAAGGAGAGUCAGAAGGGCUGCAGACUUUAGGAAUUGUGGUGGUGGUAUGCUCCUCUCUGAAACUUUUGCACUACCUUGGGCUAAUUGACUUGUCAGAUGAUAAAAUUGAAGAUGAGUUAGAAAUGACAACAGUAUGCCAUCGGCCUGAAGGAUUGGAACAACUUGAGGCACAAACCAAUUUCACUAAGAGAGAACUUCAAGUGCUUUACAGAGGAUUCAAAAAUGAAUGUCCCAGUGGAGCUGUUAAUGAAGAGACAUUCAAACAGAUCUAUGCACAGUUUUUUCCACAUGGGGAUGCUAGUAUGUAUGCUCAUUAUCUCUUUAACGCUUUUGACACAGCACAGAAUGGAUCUGUGAAGUUUGAGGAUUUUGUGAUGGCACUCUCCAUUCUGUUGAGAGGAACAGUUCACGAAAAGCUACAAUGGACAUUUAAUCUAUAUGACAUAAAUAAAGAUGGCUAUAUAAACAAGGAGGAGAUGAUGGAUAUAGUAAAGGCAAUUUAUGACAUGAUGGGAAAAUACACCUACCCAGUGCUGAAAGAAGAUGCUCCAAGGCAGCAUGUAGAAGUAUUCUUUCAGAAAAUGGAUAAAAACAAAGAUGGGGUUGUAACUUUGGAUGAAUUUAUUGAGUCAUGUCAGGAGGAUGAUAAUAUCAUGAGAUCCUUACAACUUUUUGAAAAUGUCAUGUAACAGCAGCUGAAGAACAGCGUAGGUAUCUGAGACUUUAUACGUAAUGAGAACCUGAAGAAAAUGAGUCAAGAUUUUUCUCCCUGCCACUUUUCUUGAUGAAAGCUUUUUACUACUUGGACAUGCUCAGCGUGCAAGGAUUUUGUAUGCCAUCGCAAACUGAGCUGUGUCUCUGACUGCAACAAACUCCAUCUCGCCUCCCGCAAGAGACACCAACUAGAAUUUAUUUCAUUUGGAAGCAUGCUAAUAAAAAGCUGGCCAGAGAGACCUGCCGCUUAAAGUUUAAUCCAUUAUUGAAGUUUAAAUUAUUUAAAACAAUAUUCAGUGUUCUGUUUGCUAGUCACAAAACUUUCAGUGGCUUUUGCUGUAGCAAGCUGGAUUGCACAUGGCACCACAGCAUCAGUAGGUUGCUUUACCAUCUUUUGUGAGCUGGGGUGUGUGGGGGGGACUCCAUUUGUAUCAUCACAAAAUGGAAAUGUGAUGCUAAUGUUUUGCUUUGAGAGCAAGCAGUUACGCUGGUAAAAUUCUUGCUGUUUUUGGCUAACUGAUGCCAUUGUAAUUAAAUAAAUGGAAGGCUGGAUUAACAUAGGGACUAUGCAUAUGAUCAGUUUAAAAUUCAACAAGUGCCUGGUAGAAGCUCCUUGUAGCGCAGGAAACAGGUUCCUCCUUCCAGGCAGAAUUUGUUAUACAGUGAUAUUGUACUUUCUUAACUCUCAACCCACAAAAAGGAAGUAAUAUAUCUUUUUCCCCUACUAGCAAAGCUGUUAUGUCUUGGAGGACUGUCAGAAUUUGGUUGUGUAGUUGUCAUUGUAGCUAGGUAUUUAGUGUCCAUGAAAUCACUAAUGAUGAGCAAUUCAGUGCCAUUCUCUCUUCCCCUUCUCUAGUAGCCAUGCCAUGUGGUGACUCUUAGGCCUCUUCUGCACAUGCAAAAUAAUGCACUUUCAAUCCACUUUCACUAUUGUUUGCUAUUGUGAUUUUGCUAUUUCGCACAGUAAAAUCCAGCUGCGAAGUACAUUGAAAGUGCAUUAUCCUGCAUGUGCAGAAGGGGCCUGAAUAAUAAAGGAAGUGCUGUAAUGUUACCAGUGACACCACACAAGACAGCAAGCUCCCUUGAAAAUCCUAAUUAUUUAAGCCAUGUGCAGAAGAAAAUAAACUCACUCCACAACUGUGAAAAUGCAGAGGGAGGCCAAGCAUGUAGAAGAACCAUUCCCAAACCAAUUCCGGUGCUUGCAGAUCAACUGCCAAGAAAAUUAAGGAUCAAUCAAGCAUGUGGAAAAACCAUCAGAUGAUAAAUAAUGGACUUUCAAUCCCCUUUUGAUGCACUUUGACGAUCAUUUGCAAGUCGAUAAAUCCAAUUGCAAAUUGGAUUGAAAGUACAUUAUUUAGUGUGUGUGUGAAAGUGCCCAAUGUUAAACGGUCCAGAUAUAAGAAAUGCUUAAUCUCCAGGCUGGAGCCAGUUUGAAUUAUUUGGCCAGACUUUCUAAGUGGUCUUAAAUAGUCUUAUUUUAAACAUUUUGGAGGAAAUCACCCCUUGAACUUUUGAGGACAAGUGUUUUCAAAAGAGACAUAUAUCCAUUCUAUGCAUUAUUUUCAGCAGAUUUGUCCCAUUCUGAAAUCCGUUGAAGGAAAACAGUGGUCAUUUCAAAAUCAAUGUGGUUGCUGAAUAUUUCAAAAGAACAGAUUAUCCUGUGAAAUGCACCUCUUAUGAAUAUCCAAUUAGUACACAACACAGACUUCUUGCACCAUAUGUUCUUGAUCCAGCUAAAAUUAGCCAAUAUUAAAGUUACAAUCCUAACCAACUUGUGGAAGAAAAUUCUACUGAAACUUAGUUUCUUUAAUCAAGAUUAAUAUCCCACUGCAAUGAAGUGCAUCCCAUUUCUUGCAACGAGAUAUAAUCAUCUCUAAGGCCCCUUCCGCACACACAAAAUAAUGCAUGUUCAAACCACUUUCACAACUGUUUGCAAGUGGACUUUGCUAUUCUACAGAGCUUCAAAGAGCACUGAAAGCAGUUUGAAAGUGCAUUAUUCUGCAUGUGCGGAAUGACCCACACCUUCACAGGACUGAAACCAGUUUGAUUAUUUGGCUUGCAUGGUUGUGACUAGCUACUACCUGUGCCUUUUACCAGUACAAAUGAGUUCACAUCAGUACUCCUGGUAUAAGACACCUCAGUCUAGAAUCUGAAAAUUGGUAACUGGGGAUAAGGGCCACCUGCUAUCAUGUGUGAUCCCAGCUAAGUGUACAAGAUUAUAGAUACUAGGACAUUGCUUCUAAAAUGUUUAUUAGAAUUGGCUCUUUAUUUGAAGUUCUUAUUUCAGAAGAAAAGCAAGUUACACAUUUUUAAUAAAUAAAAUAUAGUUUAAGCAUCUGGAUUGGACCCAGAAGUACCACAUGUUUGAAACAAGUGCUAGGAAAUAUCAUUUUUAAACAGGUGAUUAAGGGAUUAAAUAAGGAAGGGCAGCAAUGAGUUACUUGAAUUACAUGACAGCCUUUAUGGGUGUCAGAUUUCUGGGAAUAUACUACAUAUAUUUUUUACAAAUGGAUGACAUGUUACUAUUGGCAAUGAAAAUAUAUUUUAAAUAUGGCAUUAAUAGUUCUAUAUUUUAUAGAGCACACUAAUUCUAAAUCCUAACCAUGUAUAGAAAUCUAUGUAGCAGAUGCUAACGUAACUAGAUAUAUGAUAUGACAGGUUUCUCUUCAUAUGAUACUGUCCUUAAAACCCUUUGGAACAUUGUUCCUGUUUCCAGCUGCUAAUUGUCCCAAUGUUUCCCAGCUUAAUCUUCAUUUGCUGCUAAGUUUCUCUGCAAGAUCCACUGACAUUUUCCAGGCCUUACACCAUGAUCUAUGUAUGAGAUACCACACAGAUAACGGGGCUGUACAUGUGGUUCUCCUCCCUUUGAGAAGCACUGUCCAAAACAAUUGGGCUGGAAAUAGCUGCUUUUUCCCUCUGGCACAUUUGCUUUUCUGGAAAGCACACAAGAAGCCACCUUUUUAAAAAGACGUUCCCCAAUGCCAACAUUGCUCUGUGGCAGCCCUGACCUCCGACUUUCACCACCAUGGAGCUGAGGGGCGGCUGGACA